UGAUAUUGAGUUUUGUGUAGUUAAGUCGGAAUAUUUCGUAUAAUUCUCGUCGACUGUCGUGUGACAUUUGUUCUUCAAACAUAAAUAUAAAUAUAAAUACAAAAUAUUCAAACAAACCAAAAAAUUAAAAUUAUAAUUAACAUAAAUAACUAAAUAUAAUUAAACCAAAAACAAAAAAAAUUCGCUUAAAUAUUUCUAAAAAAAUUAUAUAUAUAGAUAUAUAUAUAUGUAUAUUUAUCAAAUCAAUUUAAUCAAAUUCGCAAACCACCCAAAACAAAAACAAAACAUAAGUUUAUAAAAUUCGUUUUAAACAAAAAUCAACACAAACCAAAAUACUUAAAAGUUUAUUAUUGUUAUAAAAAUAAAACGUAACCAUAAUAAAAACGCGUGUGUGUUUAAAUACUGGAAAACACAGAUAAGAUAAAACAAAUUAUAUAUACAACAACAACAACACACCAGCCACAACAUAAAUUGCAAGUCGCAAAACAAAAGUAAAAAUUAUAUACAUUGAUAAAAAGCAAAUCAAUACAAAACAAAAAUAAAUAUAAAAGAAAUUCUGUAUCCAACUGAGAAGAGCAACUCAAGUGCAAACAACAAAAGAAAAACCCAAAACCAAAUCAAAAAGCCAAAAGUGUUGAAAAUAAAUUGAAAGCUGAAAAAACAAUUGCAUAAAAAGAAAGAAAAGAAAAACUUGAGGAAAAGCUAAAAUCAAAAAGCAAACAAAUAUAAUAAGCAAACGCAAAAAACAAGGCGAUAUCAGAAAUUGUUAUUUUCUCGCAAAGGCGCAACGUUCAAGAGCAAAUCGUUCCAUAUGGUUCAUAUUAUUGAAUUGGUCGGCCAGCCGAAGGUUGAGUUUGCUCAACAAGUUACUGUAAGUUGCCAUCAUCCAUUAAUACCACCAGCCAUCAAAUUAAUGAACCGUGCUUUACAGCUGAAGCCAGCUGAAAAUGAAAGUCGCAGCGAGCAUUUAGAUCGCAAGCUGUUCGUUGGCAUGCUCAGCAAACAACAAACUGAAGAUGAUGUUAGACAAAUUUUUCAUCCAUUUGGCACUAUAGAGGAGUGCACCAUAUUGCGGGGUCCGGACGGUGCCAGUAAAGGCUGCGCUUUCGUUAAAUUUGGUUCGCAACAGGAGGCUCAGUCAGCAAUAACCAAUUUACACGGAAGUCAAACUAUGCCGGGUGCAUCCUCCAGCCUGGUUGUCAAAUACGCCGACACGGAGAAAGAGCGACAAAUAAGACGCAUGCAGCAAAUGGCCGGUCAUAUGAACCUAUUGAAUCCUUUUGUCUUUAAUCAAUUUGGACCGUACGGUGCUUACGCGCAGCAACAACAGCAAGCGGCUCUGAUGGCCGCUGCGGCCACAGCUCCUGGCUCGGCAGCCGCAUACAUGAAUCCAAUGGCCGCAUUGGCAACGCAAAUACCUCAUGGCCUCAAUGGCACCGGCCAGCCACCGUCGCUGCCAUCGCCGACGAUGCCCAACUUCAACAUGGGCGCCAAUACGCCCAAUGGUCAGCCAGGUGGCGCAGCAGCCGCCGCUGCAGCUGCUUCAGUUGCGGAUGGUGUCUUCACGAAUGGCAUUCCACAAACGGCAUUCCCACAUCCGCUGCAUCUGACCAUACCACCACAAGGUUUGCCAAAUGGCGAUGCUGCUGCACUGCAACAUGCCUUCCCUGGUUUGCCACCAUUUCCAGGAGUUGCCUUUCCCGCCGUCUAUGGACAGUUUCCACAAGCUUUACCACCUCCCCUAGCGGCGGUUGCACCCACUCAGCGUGAAGAUUUUCUGAUGUUCCCAGGAUGUUCUAUAUCUGGCCCGGAGGGCUGCAAUCUAUUCAUCUAUCAUUUGCCACAAGAAUUUGGUGAUGCAGAAUUAAUGCAAAUGUUCCUGCCAUUUGGCAAUGUGAUCAGCUCUAAGGUCUUCAUCGAUCGUGCUACAAAUCAGAGCAAAUGUUUCGGUUUUGUUUCAUUUGAUAACCCCACCAGCGCUCAAGCCGCCAUUCAGGCCAUGAAUGGCUUCCAGAUUGGCAUGAAAAGACUGAAAGUUCAAUUGAAGCGGCCAAAGGAUGCCAAUCGACCUUAUUAACAAUCGGAGUUCCUCAAGCGUAACUUACUUCAACAACAACAAGAACAACAACAACAGCAACAAGAACAACAACAACUACAACAUCAGCAACAAUAUAAUGCGACAACAACUACAGCGGCAACAGUAGGAGCAGCAAGAGACGCCACAGCAACAACUACAACAAAUAAUUUUAGCAACAGUUUUAGGCCACAAUUAACAAAUGAUCGCAAUGCAAAUCCCAAUACAAUGCCCUAUACUUUUGCCAGUUGGCGAAGCGGUACCUAUUGUUAUCGCUACAGCGCCAACAACACCAGCAACAGCAACUGUAACAGCAACUGUAACAGCAACAACAAUAAUAGCAACAGCAUCAAUAGCAACACUAACAUCAACAGCAACCACCACAACAUCGACAGCCACAACAGCAACCAUAUGAACAACAGCAACCACAGUGGCAGUGACAACAACAAUUCGAAUCGCUUUUCCAAAGUUGAGCUGGUCGAAAAGCUGUUCUUGUGGCAACAACAAAAGCGAAAAGCUUAGCAACAACAUUGUCAAACAACGCCACGAAUCAACUUUUCUAAAGGAUGUACUUCAGCGCAGUUAAAAUGAAACUAAACCCCAGCAUUAAAAAAAAUACACACAUAUUCAUACAUAUGGAUGCAAAAAAAAACACUAAAAAAUGGUAAACAGAAAAUGUAUAAUACAAAAAAAAAAAACCAAAAAAAAAAAAAAAUGAAAUACUUUAGAGCUGAAAUUUAAAUAGAUUUAUAUAUAUAUAUACAAAACAGCAGAACAUACAUGCAACUAUAUAUAGUAUAUAUAUAUACAGGCAGCUGAGAACAGUACUUAAAUAUUAGAAAUGAGAUGAACAAAAAAAUAAAAAAUGUUGAAAAACAAAAACCAAAAAAAAAUUUUUGCCAAAUAACGAUUAUAUAUGUAUAUUAAUAUAUAUAUUUAUAGAGCAAGCAACAAACAUUGAUAUUGAUAGUUUUGUUAACAACAAAAAAGAGCAAACAACAACAUAUGCACACACACAUACAAAUAUACAUCCAUACACACACUCACACACCUACACAAUCACAAACUUGAGACAAAAACUGACUGGUAAGAGACCAAAAUUAUCUGGGUUUUCAAUAAAAACAAAAAAGUGGAAUAAUAAAUUAAAAUUACUUAAAAAAAGGCAGUAACCAUUUUUUAUACGAUAUAUAAAAAUUGGUCACGGGAAUUUAUUAAAAUUAAAAACGAAAAAAGAAUAAUUAAAUGAAUAGUGAAAAUAGAGAAGAAAAAAAUCACACGCUGCUAGGAAAAAUAAAAAUUAAAAUUAAAAAAAAAUGAAAUACACGACACAAGGGAGAAUGACGGAAAAUUAGAAGAAAAACUAUCAAAACUGAAUCUGUUAAUUGGAUGAAAUGACAAACAAAAAAAACUAUGCAUAUGAGUUGGUGGUUAAAAAGGAGUUAAUGAUAGAGAGUAGAUCGAUGAUAAUGACGAUGACAAAGAUGAUGAUGAUAUGUAGCUCUGCAACUUUUUAGCAUUUAGAACUAAGCAAAAUGGCAAAGGAUUAUAUAUAUACAUACAUAAACAUAUAUAUAUAUAUGUACAUUAUAUACAUAUAUAUAUAUAAAUAAAUAUAUAAAAUAUAAAAAUUAACACAAAAAUUCGAAUUUAAUUAAUUUUAAGGAGAUUAAUGAAAAAUAAAUUUAGCACUAGGUGAAAGCAGCAAGCAAAUUAAUAUGCGAUAUGCUUUGAGAAGUAUCCUUAAGUCAAAAUUAAAGAACCACACAAGGUUUUUGCGUAGCCUGCAACAAACAAGCGAAAAUAUCAUUUUUUACAAUAUGUAAAAGAAAGAAAAGAAAUAUAUAAUUAUUUAAAUAUAAUAAUGAAUUUGUUAGAACUAAAUAUUGAACAAAUACAAAACAAACUAAAAAUCGAAGAAAAAAAAUGAUAAGAAACGAGCAAAAUGAAUGCUGUUAUUUUGAUUUGCCCCUAGACAACUAAUUUUCAAUUUCCGAAAUGAAUGAAAAAAGAAAUUCAGUUUGGCAAAAGCACGGUUUUGAUUUUUGUUUUAAAACUAACGAACAAACAAACAAAAAAAAUCGUAAACGAUUUUAUAGCAUUAAAAAUAAUUAAAGUAAAAAAAAUCAAACAAACUUUACACUUAAACUUAGCUGCUUGCAACAAAAACAAAUACAGGUACUUACAAAUAUACAUACAUAUACAUAUAUAUAUAUAUAUAUAUAUAUAGUAUAUAUAUCUAUAUAUAAUUAUAAAACUGAAAACAAAAAGAUAUAUGAUAUAUAUAUGUAUAUUAUAUAUGUACAUAUAUGAGCAAAGGUAUAAGCUACAAAUGGAAAUUUUGCUAAGAAAGUAUGUAUACAUAUAUCUAUAUAUAGUAUAUAUAUACAUAUGACAGACAAUUGAACAUUUUGGCCACUUGAUUUCACAAGCUCCUCCAAUACAAAACACCCCGAUAAGAAAGCCACAAACUUUCUAUCCAAAUAAUGAUAAAGUUGACCAUAGCGCGCCCUCGCCCAAACAAAGCAAACAACAAACAACAGUAACAAGAACAACAAAAUUUACACAUAUUAUUAUUAAAAAAAAAAAAAAGAAAUUAACAAAUAACAUGCAUAUGGCAUAAAUUAUUAUUAUUAUUGAUGAUAUAUAUAUACAUAUAUAAACUAAAUUUAGCAUUUUUUAUAUAAAGGCAAAAACAAUUUUUAGCAAAACUAGAAAAUUCAACACUGACAUUUUAUAUGAAUAUUUAAACAUUUUUUGCCUUUUAUUUAACACUCACACACAUACACUCAUACUUAAUCACACACCCACAUAGCAAGCAAAUCUAACUUAAAAUGUCACAUAUUAAAAGAAAAUAAAAAAACAGAAAGCAAAAAAUUAAAACCGUAAUCCAACAAUUUUAGACAACUGAAAUCUGUUGAUUCAAAUCAUUAAACAAUUUGACUUUGUCUUUAAAAAUAAAGGAAAUGGAGGAAUUAAAAAAAAAUAUAUAUAUAUAUAUCUAUAUAUAUCUGUACAAAAUGAAGUGGAAGAUUGUCAAAUCUACAGCUAAAUAUGCCAAAAAUGAACAUAAGAGAAGAUGAAGAAAGAUAAAAAAUUAAAAUGUAACAAUUAUUUAGAAUUUGUAUAGAGAAAAAAACGAGAAGAGAACUACGUUUAGAGCCUAGUUUGUGGGUUCAGAAACAGAACUUGCGACACAUAUUUGAUACUAAUGAUAAAAACAAUUAAUUAUUAAAUAAUAAAUAUAUAUGAGUAUAUAUAUAUAUAUAUUAAAUAUAAAAUAUAUAAGAAUAUUUAAGCAUUAAACAAAUUGUUAUCAAAGUUAAAGUUAGUUUUGUUACCAGUGCAAUAUAUACUUUUGUGCAAAUACUUAACUUAUUUAUGAGUUCCCCCCCAAACACACUACUUAACAAUAGUUUCAAAUCAUAUGUCACUUUCCUUGAAUUAAAUGAAUGAAAAUCCCAAUCAAAAAUGAACAUUACCAGUUAGCCAGUACGUUAUGGGACAGUAUUAAAUACCUUACAGUUUUUUGGCCAAAUAUAAAUCCGAUUAGAUUGAGAUAUGUGUUUACUUAUGACGACGCUAUGUGGCCUAGCUUCUAGCUAACGUACUCUCGAAUAUAAGUAAAAACCUAAAAAAAAAACUACAAAAAAUUCUUCAGUUUCAAUUCACUUCAAUUCAUUUUGUUUUAUCAAAUGUUAAGCGUAAUAUCUUGUAAAUAUUAUAAACGAAUCCCCCAAUACAAAAUGCAAGGAAUAAAGAAACACAGAAACAAACCAAAAUGCAUUAUAUACACACAAAAAUUACUAACAUAUAACUAUAUACAUACAUAAAUACAUAUACAUACGAGUACAUUUACAUACAUACAUAUAUAAAAAUAUAUAUGCAAAAUUAUCAAUUGAUUUUAGCGAUUAUUCCGUAGUUAAAAAACCAAAAAGCAAGUUAAAUAACUACAAAGCCCCAAUUUUGACAGCUUCUAAAAAUGCUAAUCUAGAUUUUUACUAGAGCAAUACACGAAAUACACCCACACCCACACCCACCCCCAAAAUCCACACGUAAAACAUACACCCAUACACAUAUACUCUCACUAUAUGUAUUUACGAUCUUGUAUGAAUCGAUCUAGUCAAAUUCAAGUUAAUUAUUGCAUAAAACAAACUUUAAACAAAGUCAAACUAUUGAGAUAAUAAUAAAUUAUUAUUAUUAUUAUAAUUAUUAUUAUUAAUUAUGAUUUUUUGUAUUGAAAAUACGAACAAGUAUUUAAACUAAAUAUAUGAAAACAAAUUAUUAUUAUUAUCAUUAUUAUUCUAUGCUAUUAUACAAAACGUUUUAGACUAUAUAUACACAACAUUUAAAUAAAAUACAAAACAAAACAAAAAACUAAAAUUAAAAACUUAGUGCAAAAAACUGAUUUUGGCAAAAUUAUGCAAAUUAUAUAUCCAAACAAAAAAAAAAAAAAACAAAACAAAACAAAAAUUAAAACAAAUACAAAAAAUAUACAGAAACUUAAAUUAUCAAUACAUAUUAUUAUUUCUAAUGCGUAACAAUAAUAAACUAAACCGAUGAUGAAAUAAAAGCGAUCAACAAAUUGACAAAUACAAAAUACCAACAAAAACCAAAACUUGUUUUAUUUUCCUUAAUUAUUUUUCAAGUGUGAAGAUGUGGCUUAUGAAUUGGCAGAGCUUUGAAUAACCAAACGGACCUACAGACCUAACUACGGACUGAGAAUUUGGCACAUUAUACCCAUAUCAUUUUCAUGUCCAAAUUUAUUAUAAUUUCUCUCAUUGAUUGAUUGAAAACAUAAAACACAUACAAAAGGGCUGUGACUUGAACGUUAAAAAUAAAAAAAACAACUGUGUAACUAAAAUCAAAUAAAAUUAUUUUUCUUUGCUUUUAAUAUUUCUUAAAUUAUGUUCCGUAAAUCAACAAAGAAAAACAAAAACUAAAUUAAAUAUAAAUUUAAACAUUUUGUUUUCGAAUGCGGUGAUAACUAGCAACCAAGAAGCCAAAUCAAAAUUAAUGCAUACAAGAUACAUAACAUAAUAAAUAAAUAAUCAAUAAAAAAAUAAAAUUAUGAAAUAAUUAAUGCUAACAUUGAGCGGUUAUUUUAAAUUCGAAAUGAAAUGUGAUGCAAAACGUUAAACAAACAAAAAAGAAAAAAAAACAUAUGUCGAAUUGAAAUUAUUAAAAAUAAAUAAAACAAAAUAAAAUAAAGAAAAAACGACAAUUGUACCUUGAGCAUAAAGCGUUAAAAUUGGAACUAAUGAAAGGCACAACCUAUAUAAAAGAUUCGCCAGGUUUCGCCCCAAUUCGAUGAAAUGUUGGCAAAUGGCAACUCCACGAAGAUUUCAAAUUGGCACUUGCAUUUGCAAAUUUUGCCAAAAUACAGUUUACUGCUCAAAUGAUUUUCAUUUUUAUAAAACAAUUAAAAGAUCUUCAGCGCGUUCUCACACAUAAAUAAACAACAAAUACAAAGCACAUCAUAUCAGAAAAUGAAAAAACAUACAACGCGUAUAUCGUAGAAAUUAAACGAACAAUUUUUUUCAGAUGAAAGAAUUCACAUUCUAGUGAUCUAUUGGACGCCCCUCCAAAAAAAAAAAAAAAUGUUAGUCGUAGAGUCGAUUACUCGAAUAUAUGAAAUGAAAAAUGGGAGUUAGAAAUGCACUACUUCUUUCUAAAAAAAAAAACAGACAAAACACAAUAUAAAAAGAAAAGAAAAUUCUUUCAUAUCGCAUAAUUAGCUUUGAUUUGCAUAGAUUAGUUUAAUUUGCAGUCUAAAACUUAACUGAAAGAUAUGAAAUAAAUCUUAAGAUUAAGCAUUGUAUAUUUACUAAAAGAAAAUGAAGUCUCUUAUCGAUGAUCGUUCCUUAAACUUAAAUCAUAAGAUUUACAUGAAUAUACUUACUUAUAGUGGCUCCGCUAUGAUACAUACAUUUAGUCCUAUAUAUAAAGUAUUUUUAUUAUGAGGGCAUUCUUAUAGAAUGUCUAUAUAUAAUUUAUAGAUGAUAACUACAAAAUCAACUAACUAACUUAUUAAUUAAUUAAUUACUCUAUGCUAGUUAUCGACAAGGCUAGACAAAGUAGUGAAUGAAGCUUACGAAACACUAAACACAAAAACAACCAAGAACAACAACAAGAACAACAACCAAAAAAAAACACAUGAGUCCAAGUUUAGAACUUAAUAAUCAAAAAUAUAUUUAGAUACACUUUUCUGCAGGUAUUUAACUCAACAAAAACAAAAUGAACGUUAUACUUAAACAAAAUUACAGUACGAUAAUUGAUAAACGAUAAACGGUAACGAUUAACGAUAGAUCUAGAGCAAGGCACAUUAAAUGACCCCACCAUAACCAUGGACUACUAAAUUUCAUACACUAGUUUUUUAUACACAACAAACCAACAACCAACUAUCAACAAACAAACAACCA